AAAGGAGUGAAGCAGGCCAUGGGACCGAGGUGCGGGACAAGGACCACCAAGUGCCAGCUGCUGGCCACCAGCAUCUGUGCCAUGCUGCUGGGGCUGUCGAUUGCCACAUUGAGCACGGUCACUCACUGUGGGAUCCAUUUCACCCUCAUCAGCAACAUUGCGUUUGAGAACAACUCAUAUAGAGUUAUCCACAAUGCAGCUUUCUACAUCGGGAUCUAUCUCAGCAUGACCUUGAUCCUAGCCGCUCUGCUGAGCUCUGUUGCCACAGUGCGGGAAUCGGAGCAUCUCUCUGCGAUGGGAUUUUUCUGUUUUGCUCUUGCAUUCUGUGGAUUGGUACCAGCUGCCUUCUGGAGAUACACUCACAGGACAGAGGUAGCAGACAGCAUGAUGGAUGUGUAUGACUUUGUUUACGAGGAGGUGAGGAAGAAUGCUUCCAGCUUCAGGAGGCAGGAACUGACUGCCAUCCACGAAACAUUCCUAUGCUGCGGAAAGCACUCUCCCUUCGGAGGGGCAGGAGAUGUCGAACACAGGACGUGCCCACCAGGCUAUGCCGGGGUAGCAGAAGAGGAUUGCCUCCAAGAGAUCCAGGAGUUCGUGAAGAAGCAUAUGGAUUUUGUCUCUGCACUCCUGACCAUCACCAUCUGUUUUGUGGUUUAUGGGAUGAUUCUAACUUCAUUCCUCUGCUUCUCCAUCCACUUUAGCAACAAUCUAGACCGGAAAGGCAAAUACACUCUGUGAGAAAGGUAG